CGCAGGCGGGGGACUCUGGCCUCCCUGGGGUCAUUGGUGCUGUCCUGUCUGCUCUUUUAUGUCUUCACCCUGUGUUUUGUGGGAUGAAAUGUUGGGGUUUUUGUGCGCUGCCUCUUUUCUGUUCUGUUAGUACCCAGGUGAGCUCUCUACUUGCAGGUGGGGUGAAGGGGGAGAGCAAAAAGGCAAAAGAAAGCACUUUUAAUGUGAGGCCGGUGGUGCAGGGCACCCGGGGCAGGCUGAGCGGGAGGGUGCAGCCCAAGCUGUUAAUCCCAGCAUGUGAUGGGCUCUCGGGUGCGUCUGGCCAGCGCUCAGCUGGAGGCAGACCGCUGCAUGCUGGGACUUGUAGUCUCCCUGGAUUAUACCUUACCGCGAAGGAAAGAUGUCUGCAGCCAGCUUCAUUUUAUGCACAUCAGAUUGACCCGAAGGUAGCGUUCCCCCGCCGAGCACAGCCCAAGAUGGUGACCCGAACGAAGAAGAUAUUUGUGGGUGGUCUGUCCGUGAACACUACUGUGGAGGAUGUGAAACAGUAUUUCGAGCAGUUUGGGAAGGUGGAUGAUGCGAUGCUGAUGUUUGACAAGACAACUAACAGACACCGAGGGUUUGGGUUUGUCACAUUUGAAAGCGAAGACAUUGUGGAAAAAGUGUGUGAAAUCCACUUCCAUGAGAUCAACAACAAAAUGGUGGAGUGUAAAAAAGCUCAGCCGAAGGAGGUGAUGUCCCCAACGGGCUCGGCGCGAGGGCGAUCCCGAGUCAUGCCUUACGGGAUGGAUGCCUUCAUGCUCGGGAUCGGCAUGCUGGGUUAUCCAGGCUUCCAAGCUGCCACCUAUGCGAGUCGGAGUUACACUGGCAUUGCACCUGGCUACACUUACCAGUUCCCUGAGUUCCGUGUAGAGCGGACCCCUCUCCCGAGUGCCCCCGUCCUCCCUGAGCUCACAGCAAUCCCCCUCACUGCGUAUGGACCCAUGGCAGCAGCAGCCGCUGCGGCAGCCGUGGUGCGAGGGACAGUUCUGCUGCCUCCUGUAGGCUCCACCCCCAGUCGCACCGGUGGAUUUCUGGGCACCACCAGCCCCGGGCCGAUGGCAGAGCUUUAUGGAGCCGCCAACCAGGACUCAGGGGUCAGCAGUUACAUCAGUGCUGCCAGUCCAGCCCCGAGCACCGGCUUUGGCCACAGCCUAGGGGGUCCCUUGAUUGCAACAGCUUUUACCAAUGGGUAUCACUGAAGCUGGGGACCAAGGAGGCAGGAGAUCACACCGGGAGAACACCCCAAGAGAAAAGCUGUUGGUUGUUCUCGAUCCCAUCACUUCCCUCCCCUGCUGUGUCCCGCAGAUUCCCCAGUGACCUAACCGAGGACAGCGAGCGGCUGGAGGAUGGGGUGAGCCUCGGGGGAUGAGCCAAGGUUACGUUUUUCUUGAAUCAAACUGCACACUGCCGGCUGGCUGCCAGGCUCCUGCCGCCCUGCCCUGAUCUCUGCCCUUGACCAGACCACACUGGACUGAACCCAAGGAGAUCAUCUCGCUUUCUUACUAACCACCGACGGUUUACGCUUCCCCCCCCGCCCCCAGCCCACUGAUUCUUCUUUUAUUUAUUUUAGUAGUGGUUAGGUUUAUUUUUUUAUUUUUGUAUCUUUGGGGGGGAGGGGGGGCCCUUACCCCUUCUUUUUGUUGUUUGCUCUUUCCCGAGCUAGUAGACCUAUUUUAUGAAUUGGCUUUGUGAUUGUGUUAGGUAGUUUUUAUUGAGGAGUAUUUUUAUUUGGCUUUGAAACUGUUUGGAAUAUUUUCGACUCUGGUGUUGUUGUCGUCAGUGUUUUUAAAGCACGGUAUGUGACAAGAAUGCAGUUCUGAAGGGAAGAGAAGAGACGCAGAGAGAGCAAAGGCAGAGAGGAACUGCUGUAUUUCUAUUUUUUUUUUUUUAAAAGAAACUGUUUUUAAUUGUUUCUGUUUUGUAAAUGUGAGGCUUUGAAAAGUGUGAAACUCCAAGGAUCCGAACGCGUUGGACACAGCUAUGGAACAGAACAAAUGUAUAUUUUGCUAAGUGAGAAACACUAUCCUUACAGCUGGAAGAGCUUGGGGGUUUUUGGGUUGUUUUGUUUUUUUUUUUUCCUUAGGUUUAGUUUUCUGUGGGGUUUUCUUUCUCCUCCUGUAUAAUAUGUAAAUAUUGUGAGCUGAACCUGGCUGCUGCCUGCAGCCUGGCUCCCAGGAGCAGCACCAGGUCCUGGACCUGGUGCCGCAGCGUGAGCAAUACUCUCCAGCAGAAUCCUGACAGGACUCCGUUCUUUUUUUGUACACCUUUUACUGUAAGAUUUUAAGACCUCUGUUGAGAUGAAAGGGGGGGUGGGGGGGUGAAACGUACCAGCCAUCGGCUGGUUUGCUGAGCGGGUUAAAGCUGCUUCCAAUUGCUCGAUGUACAGACUCCAUCACUGGGCUCCGUAGUGCCAGCCUCUGGCUUGGCUUUAGGUAAAGGGCUUUAACGCCAUUGCUUGUCUUGGUUACUUUGAAAGGAAUUCACUCUCCAAAUGCUAUCGCUUGUGUCAAGAUUUCCUGGGAAGGGGCUCCUCCUCUGGAGGUGAGGGUAUUGGAAGGGGUUUCAGCCAGGGCCAGGGGGAGGUUUGGGUGGUUGUUCUCUGAAGGGCAGGGCGCUGGGCUGGGGAGUCAUUAAUGGGGGAGGAAAGCAUUAGGGUGGUGAUUUGGGGGCGGGUUAAGGGCUUCUCAGGGAUUAUAUGAAUUAUAGAAUUGCAGCUUCCCGUUUGCUUUACUCUGUGUUCUAAAGACUGUGGGAAUUUGUCCCUUCCUGUGCCAGGGGUGAGCUGGUCCCUUCUCCAGAACCUGCUGGGGCUUCCCCUGGUGUGAUCCAGGCCCCUGCUAACAAACACUGUGCCAGGGGAGGUCUCCAGCAGCAGUACACGGGGCAGGUUUGGGUCUGGAUUUCAGUGAACCAAAGACCUUGUUAAGGGGGGUGAUUAAGCCUUUCAUUAAGAUGCAGCCAAACUCUUUUCCCAGGGAAAUAACAGCUUCAUCUUAAGUUUUAAAAAUCAUUCCCUCUCUUCCACCAAACUGAGCCCCUGUAAGGGAGAAGGGCAUUUAGGAAAGGACUGGGAGGGCCACUGCGCUCACAGGGUCCUCUUCUCUUCCAUCCUUUCCCUGUCUGCCAGAGCUUGUCCUGACCCAGGCGAUGUGUUUGGAGAGUUCUGUUUAGGUAAAGAGGGUACGUAACAGAUCAGUACUGAAAACACAAAGCAAUAAUUUUUGUUACUGAGACAAGAGUCUGUAUGUCUGUUUUUUUAAAUAUUUCCUAAUUAAAGAAGAGCUGCAUUUUAUUGGGUUUAUUUUUAUUCUAUAUACUUCAAAUUUGGGUCUGCGGACAGCGCUUUCCUCUCUCUUUGGUAGACGCGCUGAGCUGCUUCCGUGCCCCCUCCAGACAUCCAAGGCCAGUUGUGCUGCUGCUGGGCUGUGAUCACUCUCUGGCCAGUGCUGCCGCUGCCUGGAGACUGGGGCUCCGGUUUCAGGGUGGGCAUUUUUUUUAAAGGAAUAAAAGCUGUGUUUUUAAGCCAGUAAGUUAUUACACUCCCGUGUUUGUUCUCUCCACACCUGUAACCCUUUUUCCAGAUUUCAGUUUUAAAUUCCUAAUAAAUUAUUUGAAAACUGUC